AUGACCGAAUGUGAAAUUGAAAAUUAUAAACGUACAUACCUAGAAAAAUUAUCACUUUCUGAGUACCAAGUAAAAACAUUAGAAAUUAGAACUAAAAGGCAAAAUCAAUGCAAAGAAUGUAUUUACAUGGUUACUGCAUCUCUUUUUGGUAAAAUUGGUAAAUUGCAUGAUAAAACAUCUCGUGUGAAAAAGAUAAAUGAUAUUUUAUUUGGGACAUUUACCGGAAAUUCAACUAUAUAUGAAAUUGCUAAUGAAGUAAUAGCAAAAGAACAAUUGGAAGCACAAUUAAAAAAAAAAUUCUGCCUUCUGUCUUAUUAUAACAAAGAUAAAUCGAAUAAAACAUAUUCUGUUCUUAAUAAUGCCAAAAACAACGAUUGGCCUGUGGAAAUCAAAGUUGGUCUUAUUGGAAGCUGCACUAAUUCAAGUUAUGAAGACAUGUCGAGAUGUGCUACUAUUGCAAAAGAAGCCUUAGCUCACGGGCGUAAAUCAAAAAUUCCUUUUAAUGUUACUCCUGGAUUUGAACAAAUUAGGGUAACAAUUGAAAGAGAUGGAAUUGCACAAAUAUUGAGAGAAUUUAGGGGUACUAUAUUAGCUAAUGCUUGCGGUCCAUGUAUUGGUCAAUGGGAUCGUAAAGAUGUCAAAAAGGGUGAAAAAAAUACCAUUGUCAGUUCAUACAACAGAAACUUUACUGGACGUAAUGAUGCGAAUGCAGCAACUCAUGCCUUUGUCAUCUCUCCAGAGCUAGUUACUGCUUUAGCCAUUGAAGCGCGUUUGGACUUUGACCCUACAAACGAUUCAAUCAAGGGAGCUGAUGGUAAAGAAUUUAAAUUAAGCAAUCCAUUUGGCGACGAAUUACCCGCAAGAGGAUUUUAUCCAGGUCAAGAUACUUACCAAGCUCCACCUGCUGAUGGAUCAGCUGUGAGUGUGGUAGUUGAACCAAAAUUCAAUCGUCUCCAAUUAUUAGAACCAUUUAAAGUUUGGGAUGAAAAAGAUUUGGAAGAUCUCACUAUACUUAUAAAAGUGAAAGGAAAAUGUACUACUAAUCACAUUUCUGCAGCCGGCCCAUGGUUGAAAUACCGUGAUCAUUUAGACAAUAUAUCAAAUAACAUGUUCUUAACUGCAACCAAUUCAGACAAUAAUAAAAUUAAUGAGGUACAAAACCAAUGUACUGGAGAAUGGGGUGUAGUUCCGGACACAGCCAGAGCAUACAAAGCUAAAGGUAUAUCGUGGGUAGUGUUUGGUCAUGAAAACUAUAGUGAAGGAAGUAGCAGAGAAUAUGCCGCUUUAGAACCACGUCAUUUGGGAGGAUAUACGAUCAUUGUAAAAUCUUUUGCCCGUAUUCAUGAAACCAAUUUGAAAAAACAAGGAGUAUUAGCCUUGACAUUUGUCGAUUCUAAGGAUUAUGAUAAAGUUCAACCAACUGAUAAAGUGUCUUUGGUCGGACUUAAUGUAUUCACUCCUGGAAAGCCUUUGAAAUGCAUAUUGCGCCAUACUGAUAGAAGUUCUGACAAGAUAUUACUUAAUCACACAUUCAAUGAACAACAAAUACAAUGGUUUAAGUCCGGUAGUGCAUUAAAUCGAAUGAAGCAAUUAGCUGUUGAAUCUAAAUAA